GAUUUUCUUAUUGCGGCCGCAAGAUGUUCCAGACCAAGACGGACUACGAUCGCGGUGUCAACACCUUCUCCCCUGAAGGCCGCCUCUUCCAAGUCGAGUACGCCAUCGAGGCCAUCAAGAUGGGCACGACGGCCGUGGGCAUCCGCACGACGGAGGGCGUCGUCUUGGCGGUCGAGAAGCGCAUCACAUCGCCGCUGCUCGAGCCCAGCAGCAUCGAAAAGAUCAUGGAGGUUGACUCGCACAUUGGCGUGGCCAUGAGCGGUCUCACGGCCGACGCGCGGACGCUGAUCGACCACGCCCGCGUCGAGGCGACGAACCACUGGUUCAGCUACAACGAGCGCAUUCGCGUCAACGCCUUGACGCAGGCCGUGUGCGACUUGGCGCUCAGCUUUGGCGAAGGCAGCGACGAGAACAGCCACAAGCAGAAGAUGAGCCGCCCGUUCGGCGUCGCGCUGCUCAUCGCUGGCGUCGACGAGUCGGGCCCGCACCUCUUCUACUCGGACCCGUCGGGCACGUACCUCCGUGUGCACGCCAAGGCCAUCGGCUCGGGGCAGCAGGGCGCGCAGAACAACCUCAAGGAAAGCUACAACGAGAACAUGUCGCUUGCGGACGCCCAGAAGCUCGCGAUCGGCACCCUGAAACAGCACAUGGAGGAGAAGCUCUCGAGCAUCAACGUCGAGCUCGCCAUCGUGACGGCGGCCCAGGGCUUCCACGUCUGCACCGUCGAUGAGCUGGACGCUGUCAUCGCCCGCUUGUAGGCGCAUGGGUCGGCGCAGGUAGUCUAAGGCCUCGUCGGAGAGCAACACGAUCUAUUGAGCUUCAUACGUCAAA